AUGACUUUUUCAAACAAAUUUUCAUCUUUUAUACAACCUUUAAGGUUUUUUAACAAUAACAUAUCACAACGCUCUUAUUCUUAUAACACUUCAAUCUCAUCUGCUUCUAAUAACAUAUUCAACAAAUACAAUUACUCUAUUUAUAACAAUCAUUUUUCAUUUUUAAACGACUCCUUCAUUAGGACCUUUGGUACUUCAGUUACUAAGACUAAUGUUACACAUUCUCUUACGAACGAGAAGUCUACUAACUUUUAUGCACCUUACAUAUAUGAAGAAGUCAAGGCUCCAUCUGGAGGAGGCCCCGUGUACUGGAGAGUGAGAAAAUUUAUAAUGAAUUUCAAGCGUCGUGCCAAUCUAAGGGCACGUGAACGAAGGUGGAACUGGGACGUCGUUAGGGCCGCCUUCGCUGGAGUACCUAAGCUUUCAUACGACCCAAAGAUUAACCAAUGGGUUCCGCUUAUGGAUAACGAGGAAUGGGGAGGCGUCGGAGGACGUUUUUGGAUCGAGUUCAGCAACAAAAUAUGGUUCAACCUCCUCUUCGCAUACAUAUUUUACUACUCAUGGUACAGACUUGUCCUGAACAACAAACACAAUGUGUUCGCCAGGUGGAAGAAUAAGGAUGCAGAAGAUGAUGAAUAA